UAACGCUGACGUCUCCAAUCUCCCAUCAUGGCGGCGGACAGUGAUCCCGAGUCUGAAGUAUUUGAGAUCACAGACUUCACCACAGCAUCAGAAUGGGAGAGAUUUAUCUCAAAGGUUGAAGAAGUUUUAAAUGAUUGGAAAUUAAUUGGGGAUUCUACAAAAAAAACUCCUGAAAAGGGUGAAUAUACUACAGGACUUUGGGAAGAAAAAGCAGAUGAAAUUUUAUUUGCAGACUUUAAGUUCUGUAUUAGGCACCAUUAUUUUAUACAAGAAUCGUGUGAAAAAGAAGAGAAUGAAAGUUCUGGAGAUGGAGAAGAGUCUCUACCUGUGUCCAUGCAGGAUCUACUGUGUACAAACAAUGAUUUCCCCCCUAUUGCUCACUGCCUGGUACGAUGGUAUGGACUACGUGAGUUUGUGGUUAUUUCACCUGCAGCUAAUGAUGCUGUUAUUAGUGAGUCAAAGUGCAACCUUCUAUUGAGUUCAAUCUCCAUUGCCUUGGGAAACACUGGCUGUCAGGUUCCAUUGUUUGUGCAAGUCCAUCAGAAAUGGAGGAAACUGUAUGUGGGAGAGUGUCAAGGCCCUGGUGUACGUACAGAUUUUGAGAUGAUUCACCUACGGAAAGUGCCAAAUCAGUACACACAUUUAUCUGGGCUACUGGAUAUCUUCAAAUCUAAAAUUGGCUGCCCUCUGACUUCACUACCUCCUGUGCGUAUUGCUAUCCGUUUCACCUACAUCCUACAAGACUGGCAGCAGUACUUCUGGCCUCAGCAGCCUCCAGACAUUGAUGCACUUGUCGGGGGAGAGGUGGGCGGCCUUGAGUUUGGAAAACUUCCCUUUGGUGCUUGUGAAGAUCCCAUAAGUGAGCUUCACUUGGCAACAACAUGGCCAUGUUUGACAGAAGGUAUCAUUGUGGACAAUGAUGUUUACUCUGACCUGGAUCCUCUGCAAGCUCCUCAGUGGUCUGUGAGAGUGAGAAAAGCAGAUAACCCACAAUGCAUGUUAGGUGAUUUUGUUUCUGAGUUCUUUAAACUUUGUCGCCGUAAGGAAUCUACAGAUGAGCUCUUGGGCAAAUCUGCUUUUGAUGAGAAUGGAAAAGAAUUAGCGGACAUAAGCCAAGCGCUAUCAAAACUGACAGAGCCAGCUCCAGUUCCUAUCCACAAACUGUCUGUCACAAGUAUGGUUCACAGUGCAAAAAGGAAAAUCCGCAAACACAGAGGAGCAGAUGAAUCCCCACUAAGUAACGAAGUCUUGAACGCUAUCUUGUUGUACUUGUUUCCUGAUGCCAAAUCCACUGACGGAUCAGACGCUAAGUGUAGUGUAUCUACAGGAAACCUCUCGUCUCAGUCAGAGAGUGAAGACUAUACUCUGUACAAUCAGCUGAAAUCGGCACCAAUGGACAGUCUGACAUACAAACUGGCCCUGUGUCUGUGUAUGGUCAAUUUCUACCAUGGCGGCGUGAGAGGGGUUGCACAUUUGUGGCAAGAGUUUGUACUUGAGAUGCGUUCUAGAUGGGAGAACAAUUUCCUUAUUCCUGGGUUAAGCAGCGGAGCCCCAGAUCUCAAAUGCUGCUUGCUACAUCAAAAACUCCAGAUGUUAAACUGCUGCAUCGAGAGAAAAAAGUCAAGAGAUGAAGGUAAAAAGGGGGGUGUUGCAGACCGCUCUUGGGACUCUUCUGUAAAUAAAACAAGAGAUUCAGGAGAAUCAGAUAAAAGCAAGUAUGAAGUUGGAAAGUCCUGGGAUUCAUGGAGUGAUAGUGAAGACGAGUUCUUUGAGUGUCAUAGUGACACAGAAGAGCUAAAAGAGAGUGGACAAGAGAGCGGAAGGAAAUCUUCUGCAAAAGAGGCUCCUCUGCUAAAACCAGAAGGGCGUCUACAUCAGUCUGGAAACCUGACAUUACUGAAUACGCGAGAACCCCUGUAUAUUCCAGUAACACAGGAGCCUGCUCCCAUGACUGAGGAUCUACUAGAGGAGCAGUCGGAAGUACUGGCUAAACUAGGGACAUCUGCAGAAGGAGCACAUCUUCGAGCUAGGAUGCAGAGUGCCUGCUUACUUUCAGAUAUGGAAUCUUUUAAGAGUGCAAAUCCUGGCUGUUGUUUAGAGGACUUUGUAAGGUGGUAUUCCCCACGAGACUAUGUAGAAGAGGAAAUAACGGAUGAAAAAGGCAGUAAGAUCAUAAAAGGUGAACUGAGUGCAAGAAUGAAAAUCCCCAAUAACAUGUGGGCAGAAGCCUGGGACACUGCCAAGUCGAUCCCCGCUCGCCGCCAAAGACGUUUGUUUGAUGACACCAAGGAGGCAGAAAAGGUUCUUCACUAUCUUGCUUUUCAAAAACCGGCCGAUCUAACAAGGCAUCUGCUGCCGUGUGUUAUUAAUGCGGCUCUGCUCAAGGUAAAAGAGGAAGAGGCUAUCGAAGACAUUCCUUCAGUUAAGAAAACAAUAAAACUAAUUGUUACUCAUUCCUGUAAAGUUCUACGCUUCCCAAAUCCUGAUGACAAGAAAUUAGAAGAUAUCAUAAACCAGAUCAUGAGUGUGGAGGCUACAAUUGCAAGAGCAAGAUCUUUAAAGGCAAAGUUUGGAACAGAGAGAUGUGAAAAAGUAGAUGAAAAGGAGGACCUAGAAAAGUUUGUAAGUUGUCUUCUUGAUCAACCAGAAGUGCCAAUCAUCGGAGCUGGGAGAGGACCUGCUGGUGCUAUCAUUCACAAGAUGUUUAUAAAUGCCCAAGGGGCUACGACUUUAGGCCCUGCGGAGGAGGAACUCAAAAAAUCAAACUCCUUAGACGAGAGAAGGUCCAUGACAGGGACCGAUUUCCCACCGCCAGCUGGUCGUGAGGUUAUUUUACGUAUCAGCAUUCCAAGGCCAGCUCCGUAUUCCAAAACACUACCCCAGCGUAUGUACAGCGUCCUUACUAAGGAUGAUUUUAGACUUGCAGGAGCAUUUUCUUCUGAUACUUCAUUCUUCUAAAGCCGUGAUCAUCUUUUCAGGCCUCUGAUCUGUUAAUGUUACCAUCACUGCAGUUCAGGGGUCUUGUCCUAAGAAGAAAUAGAAACGCUUCUAAAAAAAGAGAAACAAGGACUGAACCCUGGAACUAUUUGUUUGCUUCAACACAGAUUUGUUCAUAUUUUGUUGGAUUUAUGUUUGAAGAUAAAAGUAUUUAAUAGGCUAUUGUGUGUUGACAAAGGUGACACAGAACUGCAUUAAAUAUCUUCUUGCAAUUGUAUUGUAAGGCUGCAAGUCCAAUCAAUGUUAGAGGUAUUCAUGGCACUUUGAGAUUGUAAUAUUAAAUGUUUAAUUAUGCAUACAAAUUGCAAUAUACUCGCAUUAUUUAUUUUGUUCCCUUUCCCUGCAAUUUAACUCCUAAAAAUUGUGGGCUUUCCAAAUGAUACGAGAAUUGGAAGAGUUCACUGGAGACUUAUCUAGCCUAUCACUGCUAUAUUCUACACAGAACUCAAGCAAUAGUGUAAAAAUCAACUCAAAGUGUAUUUGUUUACUUUUAUUAUGGAAGCUUAGUUUACAAUAUGGUGGUUCCCAUUACUUUAAUGAAGAAAUAAGUGUAAACAUUUAUGAUAAACAACUGAAAUUUAAAAAGCAUCUGAAUAUUAUUCUCAGGCUUAAAAUGAUUGUAAACUUAGGCACUUUAAUACACAGUAUAUAAAAUUAAUCUUAAAAACAGGGGCACUUUAAUUUAUUAAUUUUUUUAAAGACGUUUCAUUUGUAAAAUAAUUACUGUUUAGUUAUGGCAAACAAUAAUUUUUAAAUUAAUUUUAUAUACUAUGUAUAAAGGGCCUAAGAUUACAAUCACUUUACUGUAUCAUUAAAUAUAUUAUUUUAUCUAGCAUUUAUUUAGUAUUUAAUGUUCUUUUUAAAUGGUUGUAUCUCAUCAUUUUAAGCAACAAAUGUAAAAAUAGAAAAAUAAACUUCUUUCUUUCUGUC